AAGAGAGAAUGACACCUUCUUAUUGUGUGAAGGAGAGAAAACCAUGCCUGAGAUGGGUUGAGAUAUACUUCAAAGACUGUCUUUGCAAUUUGAAAGAUGACAUCUCAUUCGGUUUAGGGCUCACAAGUCUAGUAUUUUGGGGAGUAGCUGAAAUUCCUCAAAUAAUCACUAUUUUUCGUACCAAGUCAAGCCAUGGACUUUCUCUGCUCUUUCUCCUCGCUUGGGUUGCUGGGGAUAUAUGCAAUUUAGUGGGUUGCCUUCUUGAACCGGCAACGUUGCCGACUCAGUAUUACACAGCUCUGCUUUACACAGCCACGACGAUCAUAUUAGUUGUGCAAAUCAUAUAUUAUGACUACAUCUACAUAUGGUACAGACAUCGUCGGAAGGUUAACAACAAACGGCAGGAUUAUGAAGAGGAGAAAAAACCGUUGAAACCGCCGAAACCAAGUGACAAGUCAGGGAUUCCAAUACCAAAAGGCACACCCAAAACAGCACCUAGACGAGAGUACUUUUAUAUGUCAGCACGAUCAUUGGCUGGGAGUGGCACUCCACCCUGGGGUACCUACAUAAGAGCUGCUAAGAGUGGCCCUUCAGCCAUGGAAUUAUUGAAGGAUGACUCUUCUUCCGAGGAUGAAGCAUCUCCAGCUUCCUCUGGAACUUCUGCAACCCAGCCUAGACCCAUCCCUCGAUCUGUGGCUGGAAGUUAUGGAACAUUUCUUGCAGCGACCGUUAAUUUGCCUCUUAACGGUAAUGCUUUGGGAGCAGAAUACGUUGGAUUUAGUGAAAGGAAGCUUUUGCAGGAGUACGAGAAACAUAGUACAUUUGGUCAAUGGUUGGGAUGGCUCAUGGCUGCUAUCUAUAUAGGUGGUCGGCUUCCUCAAAUAUGGAUGAAUAUUAAAAGAGGCAGUGUCGAGGGCUUGAAUCCUUUCAUGUUUAUCUUUGCAUUGAUCGCUAAUGCCACUUACGUGGGAAGCAUUCUUGUAAGAACAACGGAAUUAGAAAGCAUCAAAGCCAACAUGCCAUGGCUGUUGGAUGCCGCAUUUUGCGUGGCAUUGGACCUUUUUAUAAUAUUGCAGUACAUCUACUAUAGAUACUUUCGAAGGAGAGAAGCAAGUGAUCAUGAUGGAGACUACGAAGAAUCGAGAAAAGCUGCUGCAUUUUGAUUUGUGUAGUUGUGCUGCAACCGAUUGAUGUUGAAUUGAAAAUUUAAUGUGCACCUUCCCAAAAUUGAGCUACUAUUAUUCUUAUGUUACACUAAGAAGGGUGUAUUUUGAUAUCAUACAGGGAUCAUGUGAAGUCAGAGCACCAGCAGAAUAUGUUUAGUUGUUGACGACAUGAUAGUGGCUGCUCUAAAAAUUGAUGUGUUGAUCCAAUCACUGAUCUUAAAUUUCAAUAGGACAAGUU